UCGAGAGGCACAAAGGACAGGUAUGUGCAUAUUUCGGAUUCGUGAUUGACACAUCUAUUCCAACUUUGCACAGGCUCACAACACAGACGAGAUGCUUGUCGUCCAAGAACUCGAAGGGGAUGCGGAAGACUCGAUAGCAGCCGACUCGCGAGCAUUUGAACAAUCUUAUCGUUCAUUUUUUGAUCUGCCCCAGAAUGAUGAAGGUAGAAAUGUCAGCUCUCCUCAGACUCCUGCUGGGCCAUCACUGCAGUAUGGCGAUCAUAGUGAGGGUCUGAGUUCCGCAUCAACCUCAAAGCAAGCUGCAUCCCAACUUCCUACACCACUUCUUGCACUUGAACCUGAAACUCCUCAUUCUGCCAUUGUUCUGGCGGCCCAUCCUUGCACAGUCAUGCGAACACCGAGCCCCCUUUCUUCCUUUGGCUCCUCGCUCCAAAAUAGCUCUCAUUAUUCUCCACAAUAUUAUAGCCAGCUAGCUCAAUUGACAGCGACACAAGUCGCCAUCGUGUCCAGCCUUUAUCAGCUCCAGGAUGGUGCUAUCUAUGGGGUUUGGAUAGCUGAUGUGUACGACCGUGUGACACAGGUGAUCGAGACCACUCAGGAAGAAUUCAGUACCGACAUAGAGUGGCUUCUCGAAGAAAUAUACAUAUUCAGACCACUCGAUGAUGACCGUAUUGCGCUCACGCCUCGCGCAUCAGUUUAGUUUCAUCAUCUGCACAAAUCAGUGAGUCUCACUCAAUUCAAUGGAGCUUUCCUUGGGGCAAUGUGCUCAUGAGUAUCUAUCAACCCCCGUUUAAAAUAUAUUCAGGAAUGAGACAUUGGGAUUCCUGGCAUUUGAGCUGUUAGUACAUAGCUGUGAAGUUUGUGCAAAGUCCACUUU